AUGGCAGUCUUUGGUAGCAAGAAAUUUCGUGGCGCUGCAGAGUCAAAUACUUUCGCCGCAAAGUAUCGUAGUGCUCUAGCCAAGCAUCCCUUCGCCCUCUUCGGUUUACCAUUUAUUUUGACCAUGGUUGCUGGAUCUUUCUUCCUUACUCCUGCAACAGCUAUCAGAUAUGAGAAACACGAUAGACGUGUGAAAAGAUUAAGUAAAGAAGAGGAGCUUGGAAUCGGCAAGGCUGGAAGACGAGUGGAUAUGAAGGAAGAAUACUACAGACUGGCGGCAAAAGAUUUAGACGAUUGGGAGCAGAAGCGAGUCAAGAGACUUCCAGGUGAACAUGAUGGUAAAUUAUAA